AUGUCGACGCUCAGAUGGAUGUCGAGCCCAGGUUGCAGAGAGAAGGCGCGGAGAAGACGGAUACGCGAACACGAACACGAGCAGGAGACGCGAGAGCGGCUUGGCCGAACAGGGCUGACGACCUCGUACGAGGCAGGUCUGUGUGCCACUGCCAAGGGUCCAGCAAACGGGCACUUUUCGAUGGCCUGCAGAGUCGAGAGUCAAGCGUCCAGCGUCCAGCGUCGAGAGGAGCAACAGCAGCAGCAGCAGAGGGUGGGAGAACCAAAUCCAACGCCAGCAAAUGGCACCAGAGCGCCGCGCAAUUCCUCCGGUAGUCUAGGCAGGCCGGACACGGGCGGAACUGGCAGCCGUUUGUUUGUGGUUAGUUGGUUUGGUGGCUGCUGUCCACUUUCGCUUCGAACACGGCUGAGAGCAGGCAUCAUUCGCCCGCUAGACCCAUGCGGCUUUGGUUGUGCAUGGCCGAGUCUUGAGGCAUAA